AUGAAGAUCCUGUUCCUGCUCUUCCCCCUGAUCCUCCUGCUGGUUCAGGGUGCUGCAGGAGAUGCAAUUCUAUGCAAGAGCAGAGGGGGAUACUGCACCGUUGGGAUGUGUCGCUCCCCAGCAACCCCUGUUGGAAGAUGUUCUGCAUUCACAGUGUGCUGCAUUAGCUCUGUGAAGAUCCAGGAGAGGCAGCAGCCAUGAAGAUCCUGUUCCUGCUCUUCCCCCUGCUCCUCCUGUUGGUCCAGGGUGCUGCAGGAAAUGCAGGUCGAUGCAGGCGCCGAGGGGGAUUCUGCAGGUUUCUUGGCUGCAGCUCGCCCGCAAAACCUAUUGGAAGAUGUUCAGCAAAAAGUCUGUGCUGCA